AUGCUGGGUAACCAUUGUAUUAUAGAAGACUUAACCAAAAAGAAAAUUCCUCCAUACCGAAACCACCUCGUCAAGGUUGGCAGUACCUUCAGCAGUUGUACUAUCUGGCGUAGUCUGAUUAACGUGCAUCCAGGAUACCCCGUGAGUGCAGGAGCAAAUGGCUCUGACAACUGUUCGCAGGCUGAGAGCUUAUCACUUCCCAUAGUUCAUGGUGAAGCAAGCAGGAAGCUUGUGAGUGUGGCAGGUGAACCAAGCAGGAAGCUUGUGAGUGUGGCAUGUGAAGCAAGCAGGAAGCUUGUGAGUGUGGCAGGUGAAGCAAGCAGGAAGCUUGUGAGUGUGGCAUGUGAAGCAAGCAGGAAGCUUGUGAGUGUGGCAUGUGAAGCAAGCAGGAAGCUUGUGAGUGUGGCAGGUGAAGCAAGCAGGAAGCUUGUGAGUGUGGCAGGUGAACCAAGCAGGAAGCUUGUGAGUGUGGCAGGUGAACCAAGCAGGAAGCUUGUGAGUGUGGCAUGUGAAGCAAGCAGGAAGCUUGUGAGUGUGGCAGGUGAAGCAAGCAGGAAGCUUGUGAGUGUGGCAUGUGAACCAAGCAGGAAGCUUGUGAGUGUGGCAUGUGAAGCAAGCAGGAAGCUUGUGAGUGUGGCAUGUGAAGCAAGCAGGAAGCUUGUGAGUGUGGCAUGUGAAGCAAGCAGGAAGCUUGUGAGUGUGGCAUGUGAAGCAAGCAGGAAGCUUGUGAGUGUGGCAGGUGAAGCAAGCAGGAAGCUUGUGAGUGUGGCAUGUGAAGCAAGCAGGAAGCUUGUGAGUGUGGCAGGUGAAGCAAGCAGGAAGCUUGUGAGUGUGGCAGGUGAAGCAAGCAGGAAGCUUGUGAGUGUGGCAUGUGAAGCAAGCAGGAAGCUUGUGAGUGUGGCAUGUGAAGCAAGCAGGAAGCUUGUGAGUGUGGCAUGUGAAGCAAGCAGGAAGCUUGUGAGUGUGGCAUGUGAAGCAAGCAGGAAGCUUGUGAGUGUGGCAUGUGAAGCAAGCAGGAAGCUUGUGAGUGUGGCAUGUGAAGCAAGCAGGAAGCUUGUGAGUGUGGCAUGUGAAGCAAGCAGGAAGCUUGUGAGUGUGGCAUGUGAAGCAAGCAGGAAGCUUGUGAGUGUGGCAGGUGAAGCAAGCAGGAAGCUUGUGAGUGUGGCAGGUGAAGCAAGCAGGAAGCUUGUGAGUGUAUCUGGGAUGGCUGUAGCCGACCCCUCCACCUUUUUUUAA